UCUAGCAAAUAUAGUAAAUUGAGAAAAUAGUAGUAGUGAGAAAGAAAAAAGAAUGAAAUUGCUCGCAAAUUUAGGGGAUAAACAAUUAUGAAUGAAAUCCGGGAAGAAAAGUGAACUGGAAGAUUAGAAAUCCCAUUAAAAAGUGAACAAGAAUAUUUGCAGCAAUAGAAAAAUAAAAUAAUAUCUCGUAAUUGGGUAGUGGGGAAUAACAGAAAAAAAGAAAAAAACUUUAAAACCGGCUACAAAUUCAUUUGUCUGAAGCAAAACUACGUGUGUUGUGUGUGUUUGUGUGCAAAAAAUAAAUUUGGGGGUGUUGUAGCUGGCUUUUUACAACUGAACACAUAGGUAGUUUUUCCGAGAUAUUUUUACGGAAAAAAAUCUUCUGUGGCAAAAUGUACCCAAGACUCGUCUAAAGUAGAGAGAGCCCAAAAGCUCCAUUGUUAAAGAGCCUGUAAUUUUAUUUGAGGAGACAUCAUGUUGCUGGCAACUCCAGGACAGACGACCACAACAGCAUAUAGUACAUUGCACAACAACAGCAACAACACGGGCAGCAGUAGUACAACAACUCUAAACCCAGCAGCAAGAAAACAAACAGCUGUGAAUAUUUCCUCAGCAUCUGCCAAUCAUCCACCACCAGUCAACAAACAAAACAAUUUAUCCUCAAAUACAACAUCUUCCACAUUAUCGUCUACGUCAUCGACAAGCUUAAAAACCAACAAUAUCAACUCGCUUAAGAAUCACAAUAGUUUUCAUUUCCAAUCACCGACGAUCCACAAAAAUGUUACUUCUUCCAAUGACACCAAGACCACCAACAAUCAACCACAGCAACAUUCCCUUAAAACUGGAGACAAUUCCAAAUCCUUAUCAUUUAUAAAUAGCCUAAAGGACACAGUGCAAAAGGUCUUUGUUACCACAGCAACAACAUCCUUGGCCAGAAACUGUAAUCAAACCACCAAUAUCGCAACAACAUCAUCCACAAUAAAAACCACCAAUUCCACCAACAGCGGCAGUACUACCGUUAAUCACUAUAAUACCUCUAAGACGUCCACCUACACUUCAUACUCCAACAACAAUAAUGUCACCUCCUCAUCGUCAACGGCAUCAUCAUCAUCAUCAUCGGCAGUAGCCAAUACGAUUUUAUCUGCCACAGUGGCUCGCAAGAAAAGCUCUACCCAAAAUCUUGGAGUACAACCGAGAUUACACACCAUACCACCAACAAUACUGCAUCGGUGUGCAGAGGAGAGACAAAAAACUAGCAGCACCGAUAGUCUUCGCAAGGAAAUGUGCCAUUUCAAACCGAUACGUACGGAACCCACAACGCCAUGGAAAAGCGGUAGCAAAUCCCGUGGCAGUUCUCUGCGUUUUCCCAAAGCAAAUCUUGCCACCAGAACAAAUGAAUUUAUUUUAAAAUCGAACUGUGAUGUUAACAAUAGGAAGAAGAAACUAUCUUCAGCAAAGAUAGCUCAGAAUGAAAGACAUGAGACUGGCGAUGGAGACGAUGGUGAUAAUGACAACGAGGAACAAGAAAAUAGGGAACAUUAUGAACAUUUUAAGCCAAAUCCGAGCACACUCCAUCUGUUUGCCGAGUGCGAGACUCCAAAUCACCAAUCGGCAUUUGUUUGUUUGGUGGCCCACAUGAAAAAUUUAAUAAAUAUUCAAACAACAAAAGUGGGUGCAGGAAAGGCUACUGGCGGUGACAUGGUGGUGGAUGGUGGUUCCAGAAACACACGAACUUUACGCACAAAGGACAAGGAAUACCCUAUACAAAUAAAAAAGAAUAUGGAUAUACCCAUGACGGAGGUCUGUUUGCGUUCUAAUCGUUUCAAAUCCCCAGCACCACCCAUGAGUAUUGCUAAGAAAUUGGAUCCCACCAGUGGAAAAAAUAAAAUGCAAUCAAACAACAAUGUGUCAAAUAAAUCUAUUACCAACAACACCAGUGAAUUUUCCGGAAGGGUAACAAAGGCUAAAGCUCGUAGUAAACAAUUGAAAGGUGCCAAAACAGAAAUUGUUAAGUUGGUAAAAGAACAGAUGCGAACAUCAGCCACACCGGCAAAGGAUGCUGGACAUCCAACUGCUGCUGUACGUCAAGCAAAUACAAAUCAAAGGAACACACGUAAACGUAAACUCACACCAGAAGUCAGCAGCAGCAACAGCACCACCACCAACAGCGGUAAGUCAUCAACGACAUCCUCUAAUAAAAAGGACAAUUUUAUUGUACCACCUACACCCACAUUGAGAUCAAUGACAAGAUCUAGCAGAAUGGCAAAACAAUCGAUGGAUGUAAGUGCAGUUGAAAAGAGUUCUGAAACUAAUUGCAGUAGGCUAGGCGCUAAACAUCGUAUUGGCAGUUUUUCACCACCUUUAACACGUUCACGACUGAAGCAAAUUAUGGGCCCUGAACAAAGAGACCCACAACUAAAACUAUUCUCACCAACCGUAACUGCAACCAAUGUUAGGAAGCGCAAGCGUUAAACAUUUCCAGAAUUUGUUAAAUGAAAGAUAUAUUUUUUAAAAAACAAAAAUACCCACAAAAAACAUUUUUGGCAAACAUUUUUAAUAUCACCUUGAAUGGAAAGGCCAAAUAAUACAUAUUUGAUAAUUAAAACAAAAAUACUCGGAUUUCAAAAAGGACAUAUUUUCAAAGCUGCUCCUCAAAAUUCAAGUUGAGCUUUGUAGUAGCGAAAGUUGUGAUUAGAAGACUUUCAAUCUAUUGAAACUUUCAACGUUUGACUAAUAAAAAUUGGAAGCCUUUUCAAAUUGGGUAUAAACCCAUUUUUAUUGGCUUGACAUACAUGUGUUCCAGUGGAAGUUAAACAAGAAUUUAAAUUAGAAAACUAUCUUUUCCCCUACUAUUUACUAUUUCAUACCAAAAAAUAGCACAUUUAGUAAACUAUUUCUCAAAAAAGCAAUCGUAACUAAGAUUUUAAAAAAUUUAAGUUUUCGGAUUCUUAAAAUACAUACUCAAAAUUGGUGUUGUAUGUAAUAAUAUGCAUACACAAUACAGGGUGAGAUAAAAAAACUCCAACAAAGUCAAACGCCAUAAUUUUUAAAUUAAUUUUUUACAUUUUAUUGAAUGAAAGCAAAAAAUGUCGGAAAUAGCAUUGUCCAACAGUUUGUAAACAAACAAAAUUAUCGUGUUAACUUGCCAAACAUGUCAGCUGAAAAUGUGCACCUUCGGUUGGCCACCAGAACUCAAGCGCCGGCCAUGGUGAUGGUGUGGGCCGCCAUAACAGCCGAAGAUCCAAAAUUAAAAAAAAAAAAUAAAAAUUAUGGCGCUUGACUUUGUUGCAGUUUUUUAUAUCACCCUCUAUAUAUCUUUUAAAAUUGUUAUGAAUAUCGCCGAAAAAGAAUUUUCGCAAAAACAAUUUCCAUUGAUAUUGGCUUUAGAAUUUAAAAAUUAAAAAAUAAGUAUUUAAACUUUUCACUUUUCUUUUAAGUUCUCCCAGUAAAAUAUAUUAUAUCUUUUCCAUUUUGUUAAACAAAAUUGUUUCUCAAACAAAAAUUUUAAGAUCUCAUUCCAUUCGGCUUUUCAUUCAAAUGUGGAGGUUAAUUCAAAAUUAUCGAAAUCCCUAUAUCCCAUAAUAUUUAUAAUAAUAAAAUAUAAUUUUUAAAUAAAAAAAUAAUACUUUAAUAAUUAGCAUAUUAAAGAAAAAGUAUAAAGUAUUAAAGACAUCAACAAAAAUUAAACUCAAUUAUUUUUAAGAAACAAUGAUUAAAUAAAAAAAACUUAAAAUCCUAAAAAAUAAAAUGCAGCUAAAAAAAAGAAAAUGGAAAACAAUAUUCCCGAUUCAAUGAGUAGAGGAAAGAAAACAAAACUUUAUACAUGUGCAUUUUUGAAAAAAAAAAAAAAAAUAAAUAAAAUAAAAAUAUAAUAAUACAAACACUCAACUUAAUAAUGAAGACAAAAAUAGCAGUUUCUUUUCUUAACUCUGUAUUAGCAGCAACAUCAUGAAUAUAACGAAGAUUAUAUAAAUACAAAGCAUUCAAAAAAUGUAGUGAUAAACAUAAAGUUUUCAACAAGAAAUACAAAUUAUAAAAUAUGAAAAUAAAAUAUUUCCUAUAAAUUAUUUAUAAGUUAAUAUAUGUUUUAUUUUUUUCAUAAUCCUAAGUAAUUGUUUUUAUUUUUUUUUUGCCUUACCACAUAAGCAACAAUAUGAUGAUUUUUAAUGUGAAAACAAAAAACAAAACCAACGGAACAAAACUAUUGUGUGUUGUGAUAUUAAAUGAUGAGAAAUGUUUCUUUAUUUUAUAUUAGUCUUUAGUCCUAUUUAUAUACAGGGUAUGCAAAUUUAAAUACGCAUACCCUCAGCAAACAUUAAUUAAAAUGCAAUUUUCUCUAAUUUAUGUUAAAAUAUAAUUUUUACAUAUUAAACAACAGUUAAGCUAUUUAAUUUAUCUUUUUUUUUUGGUUUUGAAAACAUGCAAAAGCCCAUUUAACAAAGAUAAUUUGAUUAUCUUUGUAGAAAUCGAUUUGAAAAACUAAAAAAACAAUUGUAAUCUCUCUUUUUUGAAUUUGUUUAGAAUUUUUGCAAAAAAUUAAUAAUUUCGUAUAUUUUUAACAAAAGAAAACAAAACACAAAAAAUAUAAAUUAAAAUCUUUGCCCUGAUAAUGGCAAAGUUUAGAAACUCUCCCCAAAUGAAAUAAAAUAUUUGGGUAUUCUUAAACAUUUUUAAAUACAAUUACAUCAUACAACAUAGUUUGUAGCAAAAGAAAGGCAUAUUGUAAAAGUCUAAAUGAAUAAAAAUAAUAAAAAAAAAAAAACAUUAAAGAACACAAAUAAAAAUCUCAAGAAGACAUAAACAACA